ACGAGCCCCGGGAUUUUCUACAGAGGAUCGUUUUGAUUGACAAGUCUUUAUGGGAAUGGUACUGUUUUAUAAAGAUUGAUGUGUUCUGGGUGGGAGCCCCCAGGUCUGCGUCCAAGAUUGACGGCCGACAGUUCACAGUCUCCACCAAUCUCCUGAGUGAGCUCCGCCUUCUGCCGGAUAAGACAGCCCACAAGCUCCCGCUGCGCCUGCCUCCACCCAAACCUAGCAACCUCCACCAGGCCCUCAGCCAAUCGCUGGGGCAGGACUACGUCACCAUGGAUACAGAAUCCACACACUCGGGGUACUCGUACUACUCCAGCCGGUCCAGGGGCUCCCACAGGCAUGGAGAGCGUAAUCGAGACCGCCACAAAUCCCGCAGCAAGGACAGCAGCCGCUCCGAAAAAUCUGUCACCAUCAACGCCCCUCCAGCAGAGCCUCUGUUAGGAGACCAGUCUAUACGAGGGGACGAGACACAGGAUGACAACUGGGGGGAAACCACCACGGCAGUGACGGGCACGUCAGAACACAGCCUCUCUCAGGAGGACAUCGUGCGGAUCAGUAAAGACUUGGACGAGAGCGUUGGUUUGGACUGCCGGCGGUACCUGGGCACGGCUCUGUCCGUCAUACUGGGCCUCCUCGUCUUCCUCACCCCCCUCGCCUUCCUCAUCCUGCCUCACGUCUUGUGGCCCGACCGGCUCAAGUCCUGCGGCACGGCCUGCGAGGGCCUCUUCAUCUCCGUUGCCUUUAAACUCCUCAUCCUCCUCCUGGCGGUGUGGGCGCUGUUUUUCCGGCCGGCCCGCGCCGGCCUGCCCCGCGUCUUUGUCUUCCGGGCCCUGCUGGCCGUCCUGGUGCUUCUGUUCGUGUUGUCCUACUGGCUCUUCUACGGAGUACGCAUCCUGGACUCCCAGGAUGAAGAUUACCAGGGCAUUGUGCAGUAUGCUGUGUCUCUGGUGGAUGCUCUUCUCUUUAUCCAUUACCUGGCCAUCGUUCUGCUGGAGCUCAGACAGCUCCAACCGUUCUUCUCCGUCUGUGUCAUGCGCUCCACUGACGGAGAGACACGCCACUACAACCUGGGACAGCUCAGUAUCCAGAGGGCGGCCUUGAUCAUCAUAGAGAAUUACUACAAGGACUUUCCUGUCCAUAACCCCGCGCUGCUGACCGCCUCCAAAUCCCGUGCCGCCAAGCACCUGGCAGGGCUUAAAGUCUACAACGUGGACGGUCCGGGGAACAACGCGGCCACCGGUCUGGCCCAGUCCCAGUCGCGGGCCAUGAUCGCCGCCGCAGCCCGCAGGCGAGACGCCAGCCACAACGAGCUGUACUACGAGGAGGCCGAACACGAGAGACGAGUCCGCAAACGCAAAGCCAGACUGGUGGUGGCAGUGGAGGAGGCGUUUACACAUAUCCGGCGCAUGCAGGAGGAGGAGCAGAAGAAGUCCCCCGGAGACGUGAUGGACCCCCGUGAGGCAGCUCAGGCCAUCUUCCCCUCCAUGGCCCGCGCCCUGCAGAAAUACCUCCGCACCACUAGGCAGCAGCACUGCCACAGCAUGGAGAGAAUCCAACAACACCUGGCCUUCUGCAUCACCAACAACAUGACUCCCAAGGCGUUUCUAGAGAGUUACCUGACCCCGGGCCCUACGCUGCAGUACAGCCGUGAUCACUGGCUGGCCAAGCAGUGGACGCUGAUCAGCGAGGCCUCCGUCACCAGCGGCCUGAAAGACGGCGCUGUCUUCCUGCUCAAAUGCAUAGACUUCAGCCUGGUGGUCACCACCAAGGCCAUCCCCUUCAUCAAACUCUCAGAGGAAUUCAUCGACCCCAAAUCGCACAAGUUCGUCCUCCGGCUCCAGUCCGAGACGUCCGUCUGAGAAGAGCUCGGUGCUUUGUUUUUGUUUU